AUGCGCAAGCCCAAGUUCUCUUCCAAGUACCUGAUCCAGCACAUCAGCAACAAGCUGAUCCCGGCCGUGAAGGAGUGGGAGAAGACCUACCAGCCGCCCGUCAUCCACCUCGGCCGCGUGCUGUCAGUGGGGGACGGCAUCGCCCGCGUUUACGGCCUCAGGAGCGUGCAGGCCGGCGAGCUGGUGUGCUUUGACAGCGGGGUGAAGGGCAUGGCCCUGAACCUGCAGCACGACCACGUGGGAGUGGUGAUCUUUGGCCAGGACCAUGCCAUCCACCAGGGCGACCUGGUGUACCGCACCGGCCAGAUCGUCAACGUGCCCAUCGGCCCCGGCAACCUGGGCCGCGUGCUCGACGCCCUGGGCCAGCCCAUUGAUGGCAAGGGGCCGCUCACCAACGUGAGGAGCAGCCUGGUGGAGGUCAAGGCGCCCGGCAUCGUGGCACGCCAGUCGGUGCGCGAGCCCCUCUACACUGGUGAGUGGCGGCGGCGGCAGCGGGGCCUGGGGACGGGGGGGGAGGGGUCAGGUGCUGUGCGCGAGAGCUGA